AUGUCAGAAAUGGCAAAAAACAGUAAAAUGAGGGCUGGCAGUUGUAUACAACCAUCUCAAGAGAAAGAAGCCCGAAGGAGUUACACUAAGAACAAGGGAUACUCUAAUGAACUUGAUUUUUCCCUUCUUGGCUGAAACCUCAAAAAUAUAGUUGAGAAUGAGAUAAUGUCAGAGAUUUCAAAGAAUCCUGAUUAUUAUAAGUCAUUUGGGAAAUAUAAGGGAGAUAGUAUUAUAAACACACCUUUUAAAGAUAUUCAACCCAGAAUACAACUUACUUCUCAAAGUGCAAGUAUCUGAAUGGAUAACCGAAGAGUUCCGAAAAAUUCCCUCCAUUCUGAAUAUGGAGGGUAUUAUGAACUGAAUGAAGGGUCAGAUCAAGUUAUUUCUAAUGUUAAAGUGAAAGAAGCGAUGAGGCAUCUUGAUGAUCAAACAUACUUUAAAGGUAAAGAAACUCCUGGAACAAAAAGCACGAAAUAAACCUCCUAAGCCUCCUAAAAGAAUUACUGAUGCGAUUCCACAGAAUCUAAGUGCCAUUUUUGAAAGUGAGAAAUCGCCUGAGGCGCUAAAAUCCCAAAAAAGAAUAUCUCCAGAUGCACAGAAGUUAGUCCCUACUGCUUUAGUACAAAACCAGGCUAGAAGACUUCCACCAGUUAUCAAAAAGGGUUCCAAAAAGAUAUUGAUAAAACCCCAAUUUUAAUAAGAAUAACAAUUUUGCAAGUAGAAAUCGAAAUAUCAAGAAGGCCAGAUCCAAAAUUGUUAAGAAAAACAUGAUCCCAAUAGAGCUGAGCACUGAUAGCUUCACUGACUCUGAAGCCUCUAGCAUUGAUGGAGAGAUAGAGAAAUUACUCAGGCCAAUAAACACUCUUCAUGAUUUUUUAGCAAUACUAGGAGCCAAAAUAGAUUCCGAAACCGAUACUGAGAUAUUUGUGAAUAUUUUGAACCAAAAUACAUAUAUUUCAGUAUCAAAAGACAUAUUUGUGCCCUUCUGACCCAAGGUGAAUGAAAUAGUAGUAAGACCACUCAGUCCUGGUGAAGAAAGCAAAUCUCAGAAAGAAGUUGUCCAAAGUCCUAGCAGGAAUCCUAUUAAGAAUUCUAUCAAAAAUUCAGGCUUGACUAUUAAUAACCUAAGAAUAGCAGAUGAUAUGACCACUGACCAAAAGAAUGGCUCUUUUAGUAGUAAAAACCUAGCUUCGACAGUCAAGGAAGGCAAUAAUUUAAACAACAUUUUCAGCAAACUUGAACUUAUGGAUGGAGAAAGUACUCUCAUGGCAGGAUUUGAUAGCGAUGAUGACCAACCACCACCUCUUGUUCCAUCACAAAACCUCCCUGUUAAUCAGAAAGUGUUUGAGCAAAGAUUCACGCCUGCGAUUAGUAUUGAAGAGAUUAAAGCUCCAAUCCAGGAAGAUGAACACCCCCCUAAUACAAUGUAUCAAAUUAAGACUAUGUCUUUCAAAGCUCCUAAGGAUAAGAUUUAUGACCCUAAUUUUGAAAUACAAAGACUUCGGGAGGAGCUCAGGCUUCGGGAUGCUGAGAUUCAUCAGCUUAAUUCCCAAAUAUCAAUGAUAAAGGGAAAGAAUGAUUCUUGAUUAGCUCAUUUAAUCGAUGAAAUAGAUGAGCCAAGGUAUCAUUUGGCCUUCUUAUUUGCAUCACCUUUGAUCAGGAAAUUGAAUGCCUCCAUCGAGACUCUGCUACAGCUAGACUACAGGAAGGAGAUCAUGAACAUAGAGAAACAUCUCCGAGGAGUUGAGCAUGAACUUAGAUAUAAAGUAGAUGUAGCCACAAGUUCAAAUUUCAGAAGUGUAAUCCAAGAUGCCCCCUUCGCCAUCCAUUUCACAGGUCACGGCAUGAGAAAUACCAAACAAAACCUUGGGAACUUGUACGAAGGAUCUAAAAACAAGGGCGAUGUCUUACUCCUUGAAGACGAAAAUGGCUUCGCCUGAAAUCUCUUUGAAAAUGAUUUGAAAAAGCUCAUAAAUUUAAGCAAAUCUGGAAAACCAGACGAGAAUCAGUAUGAAGUAGUUUUUGUUUCAUCAUGAUAUUCUGAAUUCUCAGCUGAUAUUUUUCUCAAUUCAGGAGCUAGGCAUGUUAUCUGAAUUGAUGGAGACCAGACUAUUUCUGACAAAGCUUCACUGCGGUUCUCACAAGUGUUCUAUCAGGCAUUGUUCGUCCAAAAAUACUCCGUCUGAAGGGCAUUUGAUCUUGCAAAAGAAGACAUCAGAAUCAUUAUUGAUAAUAAUGAAGCGGCAAAAUACCGUCUACUGAUAGCUGAUGAGCACUUCAUGAAAGACAAGAAGAAGAACCAACAUAGGUGUUAUCCCAUCACAAAAUUCAAGAAAGGAAAUCUUUGAAAAUACGAAACUCUUCCUUUCUUUGACAUCGUCCCUUCCCCAGUAGCUCAUUUCAAGGGUAGACAGAGCGAAAUGUGAGAGGUAAUCACGAUCCUUGAAACCAGCAGAUUAGUGAAUAUUCUUGGUCCACCAGGAAUAGGGAAGACGAGUCUUGCUAAAGGAAUAGCCAACCAUAUUAGAGACAGAAAUAAGUAUGUUGAUGGCACCUUGUACGUCAGCCUUCAGGGAUGAGAAUCUGCCCAAAUGUUCCUUACUAGGCUUAGUAUUGGAAUCCAAAAUAAUGGAAGGGUUGAAAAAGAUGAGAUUAAAGAGCUUCAGAAAAUCUCAAGUAAAGAAAAUUCGAGUACUGAAGAUAGGAAUAAUGAAGAGCCCUUAGAAGACCUCAUGGGACAUUAUAUUUUAAAGAUCCUUAAACAUAAAGAAGCCUUAAUCAUUUUAGACAAUUGAGAGGACCCAUUAGAAGAUGAUGGUACCCUAUUUGUGAAAUAUUUGGAUACACUUUUAGAUAAUUGCCCAUUAAUUAAAAUACUUUGUACAUCAAGGAAAUAUAUAAGCAAACUUGAGCAUGUCCAAGAAAUGCCUUAUCAUAUUUAUUCUUUAUCACCAAGUGCUUCGAUCAGACUGCUACUUGAUAAAGCACCAAGGCAGAUUAGGAAUGAAGAACUACAAGAACUUUUAGACUAUGAAAUCCCUUCUGAUCAUUCAAUAAACCAACAUCUCCCUGGCUUAACCAGAAGAGCUGGAAUUUUAUCUGAUCACCCAUUCGUCUUAAUGCUUGGGGGACAUCCUCAAGCUAUCUCUCUUGCAGCACCUUUGCUUGAGAGCCAAACUUUGUUGAGUCUUUUUCAGCAACUUUUGGAAUCAAAUAUUAUGGAUGCACUAUCACAAGAUGACAUGCAAUCAUACGGAUCAUUACGGAUGUCCCUUGACGUAUCAAUUAAGAACCUACAAAAGACCAGAAAAGAGGCAUUGGAUCUGUUCAAAUUCAUUGGGCUUCUUCCUGGAGGGGUUAAGCAAGAAGAACUCACCAAAAUGUGGGGAAACAGUACUUGGAAAUCAUACAAAGAAAGUUUAAUAAAAGCAUCAUUAAUAGUGUUCAAGCCCAAGGAGGGCUCCUUGACCUUACUUCCUUUUAUGAACACUAGAGCCCUGGAACUCCUUGAGGAAGAAGGAUGGUAUCAGAGAUCAGAGUUUCACCUCAAAUGCUGUAAUUUCUACAAAGAAUAUUGCCAAAAAUGACUUGAAACAGUUGACAAGCAUCAAAGUGAGUUUGGUCUCAAUGAAUUUGUUGAGAAAGAAUCUAACAUCUGGGCUUGUAUUUAUAGAGGAAUCAACAGAAAGAAGGAUACUCAUGAAUAUGAUGAGCAAAAUGAAAGCUGCCUUCAACUAAUUGCUAAUAGCUUCAAGCUUUCAGGAAGCCAGAUGUAUAAGGAUUUUACAUACAGGAGGAAGCAUGGGUUAGCUAAUCUUCUCAAACCACAGAAGAUUUCCUUUCACCCAAAAGAUAAUGACUCUGAGGAUGCAUCUAGCAAGGAUAAUGAGGUUGAAGAGCAGACUUCAAAGCCUAAGUUUUAUACCAGAACUGAGUCCAUUGAUUCUGAGUCAAAUGAAAAAGAUAGUAUUGAAAAGAAAUCUCCAAAGGAAAUUCCAAGGGUCAAAAUUGGUCUUCCUAGCCCAUUAAAGAUCAAACUACAGAAGAGUCAUUGUGAAGAAAGAUCCCAAGCUGAAGAAUUAAUGGUAAUUUACUAUGUUGCCACUCUUAUCCGUCUCUCGAAAUUCUCUGAUGCUACAAAGGCGAUGAAUGAAUACAAGAAGAAAGAUAAUCUAAGCAAAUAAGGCCCAAGCUCAUAUGUACAAGAUGUUUGCGGUUUUAGCCAUGAUGAACGAGGAAAAAGACUACCGUGAAGCUAAGAGAUAUUUCAUCAAAUCUAUGAAAAAGUUUACCGAACUGAGAUGUAUUAGAGGUCAAGCUAUAGCACAUCUUGGUACACUCAGAUGAAUCUGAGAGAUCAACUUUAAUAAGGAGUUUAAUAUCAAAGAGAUCUCUGUAUCAAUAGCUACUGCUGAAGCCUCGCUCUCAGAUCUACAAAAGCUAGGAUACUUGGAUAUAACUGAACGAGCAAAAAUGUAUGUUGAGUGUUUGAAGACCAGGCUAGAUGGGAUAAAUUCAGGGGGAUUUAGAGAAACCUUACAAAGACGGUCAAUAAGAGAAAAAUUAAUGACUAAAUUUAGCAAUAAUCAAAAACUUCUAAACAGCGAUGUACUUCAAGAUGAGGAUAUUCGUCUCUUCGUAUUAGUAAUUUCAUCCUGCUCUGUAUAUUCCAGAGAAAGUAUUUCCAAAACUCCUGUGAAUGCUACAGUAACUUCUCCGCUGUCAGACCAAAAACAGUUUGCACAGAAGCACAGUGACUCUAGUGAUAAUGUUAGAAAAAGAAGCAAAAGAAGCUUAGCAAAUGCAGUGACAAAGAAAUUUGAUUGAAAACAUACUAGGUCAGAUAUCCUCGUCAAGACCAGAAGGAAGGCUCCUAUUGCUUUAAAAAUGGGCAAAUUCCCAUCUAUUAUGAAAUCUGAUGAUGAAUAAGCUCCAACUUAGACCUGAGA